UCAAGACUUUCUAAAAGACUGUCAGUUCUUACAAAAGAGAGGGAUCCUUGAAAGAAAAAGAGAGACCUCACAUGCCUCCUCCUUCGUAGUUCGUAGAUCUGCCACCUCUUUCUCUUCCUCUUUAUCUGUCUCCCCUGUUUUCCAACUCCACUCUCUCUGCAUUUGCUUCUCAACCCGAUCUCUUUGGACUCCGUUUCCGUCUCGAACUGGACUCACAAACCAGCACCAUUACCCACCUAUGCACUCACACUGACUGACCGUGACUCUGUAUAUUAUAUUAUAAAUUUCGGUCGCAUUGGUGAUGUGCCGGCGAGUUUGGCCGGAAUCCCGUUGAGUGACUGGAUUUUCCAGUGGAGAAAAUGUUCAGGUCGGCGAGAUGGAGGGGCGAGAAGAACAAGAUCAAAACUGUCUUCAAGUUGCAGUUUCAUGCAACUCAGCUGCCGCAACUGAAUGUGAAUGCAUUGGUUGUAUCUGUGGUUCCUGGAGAUGCGGGGAAGCCAACAGUGAGUUUAGAGAAGGGUAUACUCAGACAAGGAAGUUGUCGAUGGGACUAUCCGGUUCACGAAACAGUGAAAUACAUUCGUGAUGUGAAAACAGGGAAGAUCAAUGAGAGAAUAUACCAUUUUGUGGUCUCCACUGGAUCGUCAAAAAAUAGUCUGGUAGGGGAGGUUUCAAUAGAUUUUGCUGAUUAUGCAGAGGCGACUAAAGCUUCCACAGUUUCUCUUCCUUUCAAGAAUUCAAAAUCUAAUGGGGUAUUGCAUGUUUCAAUUCAGAGGCUGCAAGAAAAUGUCGAGCAAAGUGAGGUGAUGGAAGGUGAAGAUGCAAAUGUAAAAUCCCAGAGCAGAACAUUGAACACCCUAUUAAGCAAUAGUAACAUAGAUGAGGGUAUUGAUAAUCAUUCCAGCGAAGAUGGACCACUUAUUAAUGGUGCCCACACUGCUGAUUUAAAUGUCAAUGACAGAACUUCUAGUGGAUCUGACAUUACAAUGUCAAGUUCUGAAAGUAGCUCUGGGCUCAAUACCCCACGAGAACUUGGAUUGAGAAACAACAUGCUACAGGACCCUAUUAGCUUUCUAUCGUCUCAAACCCAGACUUCAGCAGCUCACCUGUCAAAAGCAAAUGCUUCUGCAGCAAACUAUGGAGAGCAUCGGCAACAGCAAUGGGAGUUAUCAGCAGAUUCUGAUCAUGGGACAAGUACUGAUGACUCGACAAACAGUUCUCAAGGCAACCUUACAAGAGAGAGAUCUCAACAGGUGUCAGAUAUGGAUAUGGAAAAGCUGAAGGCUGAACUUGUUAUGUUGUCAAGACAGGCAGAUGUGUCAGAGAUGGAAAUACAAACUCUGCGAAAACAAAUUGUAAAAGAGAGCAAAAGGGGGCAGGAUCUGUCUAGAGAAAUCUUGGGAUUAAAAGGGGAGCGAGACAUGCUCAAGUCAGAGUGCGAGAAACUCAAGGCAUUUCAGAAACGCAUGGAGGAGGCAAGAAGCAAAAACAAAUCGCAGUUUGAAGGUGGCGAUCCAUGGGUGCUUCUUGAAGAAGCUCGACAAGAACUAAAUUAUGAGAAGGACCUAAAUUCCAACCUCCGGUUGCAGCUGCAGAAAACGCAGGAAUCAAAUGCUGAGUUGAUACUUGCUGUGAAAGACCUUGAUGAAAUGUUAGAGCAGAAAAGUAAGGGAACAUCUGACCUUUCCAACAAAGCAAGAUCCUAUGAGAAUGCUAUCUCAAGAAGUGAGACUGAUGAUGAUGAAGAGCAAAAGGCACUGGAAGAACUUGUUAAGGAGCAUAAGGAUGCUAAAGAAACUUAUCUGUUGGAGCAAAAGAUUAUGGACCUCUGCAGUGAAAUAGAAAUCUACAGGAGAGAUAGAGAUGAGCUGGAGAUGCAAAUGGAGCAGCUUGCACUUGAUUAUGAGAUAUUGAAGCAGGAGAACCAUGACAUGUCAUAUAAAUUAGAACAAAGUCAGCUGCAAGAACAGCUGAAGAUGCAGUAUGAAUGCUCCCCUUUGUUUCCCAACAUUAACGAACAAGAAGCUCAGAUUGAGAGCUUAGAAAAUGAACUGAAGAUGCAGUCAGAGGAAAACUCUGAUUCUUUGGCCACCAUUAAGGAACUAGAAACCCAUAUCAAGAGCUUGGAGGAAGAAUUGGAAAAGCAGGCCCAAGAGUUUGAAGCUGAUCUGGAGGCUGUAACACGUGCAAGAGUUGAGCAGGAGCAGAGAGCCAUUCAAGCAGAGGAAGCCUUGCGAAAGACAAGAUUGAAAAAUGCUACUGCAGCUGAGAAGCUGCAGGAAGAAUUUAGAAGGCUGUCCAUGCAAAUGGCAUCGACUUUUGACGCAAACGAGAAGGUAGCUAUGAAAGCGCUCGCAGAAUCUAGUGAACUACGAAUGCAGAAAGUUCAACUGGAAGAAAUGCUUCAGAAAGCUAAUGAGGAGCUCCAAUCAAUUACGGAUGGUUAUGAGUCAAAACUGCAUGAUCUUUCCAACCAACUGAAUUUGAAAAUGCAUCAGAUAGAACAGAUGAUGAUGGAAAUUGAGGAUAAAUCCAGACGGCUUGAACAGCUAAAGAAGCUGGAUGAAGAACGUGGCGGGGCUUUAUCCCAGCAAAUCCAAGGCUUAAAAACUGAGCUUGAAAUGCUCGCAAUAGAAAACAAUAACCUUUUGAAGCAAGCAGAACAUAAAGAAAGUAUGAGUUUAGAGCUGGAACAAAUAAAGACAUCAAUUAAGCACACUGAAGCACUGGUACAAAAGGGAGAUACGGAACGGGAUGAACUGGUGGGUACAAUUUCUUUGUUGAAGAAGGAAGCGGAGAAGUCGCUGGUGGAGUUAAAUAGGAUGAGAUGUCUCAAGGAUGAGAAGGAAGCAGCAAUGAAUGUCUUGCAAUCAGAGGUGGGAAUGCUUAAAGCUCAGUGUGAUAACUUGAAACAUUCUGUGUUUGAGGAUGAGUUGGAAAAGGAAAAACUUAGAAAGCAGUUAGUCCAAUUAAAGAGUGAGCUGAAGAAGAAGGAAGAUGCUUUGAACAGCAUGGAGAAGAAAAUCAAGGAAAGCAGCAAACGGGCAGCAGUUUCUGAAGGAACAAAGACUAAUCUGAGAAACAACAAGUCUGCUCCAGUUCCUUAUGGCUCUAAAGAGGUGGCAAAUCUGAGGGAGAAAAUAAAAUUGCUUGAGGGACAAAUUAAGUUAAAGGAGACUGCUUUAGAAGCCUCUGAAAGCUCGUUUGCAGAGAAGGAAAGGGAUCUUCAAAACAAAAUUGAAGAGUUGGUUAGCAGAUUGGAAGAACUCAACCAGAAUAGUGCAAUUUUCUGCUAUAACCAACCUCAAAAGUCAUCUGAAGACGACAUUGGAGUUAAUUCAAUUGGUGAUAUAGCUGAAGAUUUUGGAAACACGGAUGAAAAUCCAAGCAGUUCAUAUGGGACGUGCAAAGAAAAUGGGAAUUCGAGAUUGUUAAUCAAGAGCGAUCAUUCCACUGCAUCAGAGCAAGAACCAAAAGCCUCCUGUAUCAAUAACACAGACCACAAUGCUGAUAAGUUGUUGAGUGAACUAGUGACAUUGAAGGAGAGAAACAAAACGAUGGAAAAUGAACUGAAGGAGAUGCAAGAGAGAUAUUCGGAAAUAAGUCUCAAGUUUGCAGAGGUAGAAGGAGAAAGACAACAGCUUGUGAUGACACUACGGAAUCUUAAGAAUGCCAGAAAGAGCUAAUAUUUUUUUCUUGAUAUUAUCUUAUACAGAACCUAUAUAUACUGUGUAUAGUUGUGCGGUAGGAUGUGCUGCAAGGAGAAUGUAGUGUUGUUUCCUUUGGAAGAAUGAAUAAUCAAUCUGUACAAAGUAAUACGAAAGUACAAAAAAAUCCCGAGUGUAGGGAAGCCAUUUUUAAUUAGGUGUCCAGAUGAUUUUGUUCUUUUUUGUAAUUUUCUGAAAGCUUGUCAUGUUGUUGUGACGUUUGUUCAUUAAUAUAUUCUUUUCAUUGUUCCCUUGGUGA